CUCUCUCUCCCUGUUGAAACCAGACCUUUCUCUCUCUCUCUCUCUCUCUCUCUCUCUCUUUCCGGGAUUCAAAUUGCUCUGAAGAAGAAGAAGAAGACGACGGCAAGGAACGCGAGGAAGCGAGGAGCUAGGGUUUCAAAUCGCGCUUCUCCUGCGCUCCAUCGACGGAUCGAAGCAACUAGAGGAACCUAGAGGGUUCGGGAUUUGGAUGGUGGGUGCGAGAGAGGAUUAGGGCGGCGGAGAUGGCUGAUCUGAGCGGCGGCGGCGGAGGAGAGGGUUUUGCGGCGGAGGCUGGGGGCAAUGCGGCGGCGCUCAAGGGGGCGCCGCGGCGGAGGGGGUCGAUUCGGCGGAGCUUGGAUGCGGACGAGUUCAUCAACAUGCUCCACGGGUCCGAUCCGGUGAAGGUCGAGCUCAAUAGGCUCGAGAACGAAGUCAGAGAUAAGGAGCGUGAAUUAGGAGAGGCUCAGGCGGAGAUCAAGGCUCUGAGGUUAUCGGAGCGUGCAAGAGAGAAGGCUGUCGAAGAGCUUUCAGAGGAGUUGGCAAAGUUGGACGAGAAACUCAAGCUAACGGAAUCCCUUCUUGAAAGCAAAAAUCUUGAAAUCAAGAAGAUUAAUGAUGAGAAAAAAGCCUCCAUGGCUGCCCAGUACGCAGCAGAAGCUACACUUAGGCGAGUUCAUGCAGCUCAAAAGGAUGAUGACAUGCCCCCAAUUGAAGCCAUUCUGGCACCGCUUGAGGCAGAGCUGAAGCUUGCCCGUCAGGAGAUUGCAAAGCUGCAAGAUGACAAUAGGGCAUUGGAUCGUCUGACCAAAUCCAAAGAGGCAGCAUUAGUGGAAGCAGAAAGGACCGUACAGAUUGCUUUAGCAAAGGCUUCUAUGGUGGAUGAUCUACUAAACAAAAAUCAGGAGCUGAUGAAGCAGAUUGAGAUCUGCCAGGAAGAAAACAAGAUCUUGGACAAAUUGCACCGCCAAAAAGUCGCAGAGGUUGAAAAGCUUAGCCAGACUGUGAGGGAGCUAGAAGAGGCUGUUCUUGCUGGUGGCGCAGCUGCUAAUGCUGUUAGAGACUACCAGCGUAAAGUUCAGGAAAUGAAUGAAGAGAGGAAAACGCUUGACCGAGAGCUUGCCCGUGCAAAAGUUACAGCAAAUAGGGUUGCUGUUGUAGUUGCAAACGAAUGGAAAGAUGCUAAUGACAAAGUAAUGCCUGUUAGACAGUGGCUGGAGGAGCGAAGGUUCAUGCAAGGGGAAAUGCUGCAGCUGCGCGAUAAGCUUGCCAUAGUGGAACGCGCUGCUAGAUCCGAAGCUCAAUUAAAGGAGAAGUACCAGUUGCGACUGAAAGUAUUGGAAGAAGGAUUGAGAAUGCCCUCAAGCAGUUCCACUCGUCCCGGUGCAGAAGGCAAGUCUUUAAGCAAUGGCCCUUCCCGUCGCCAAUCACUGGGUGGAGCUGAUAACAUUUCUAAGUUGUCUCCAAGCGGCUUGUUACUUAAGAAAUCUCCAUCAUUUCAAAUAAGAUCUUCUCUCUCCACAGGCAGCAGUAUAGUACUGAAGCACGCAAAAGGUGCUUCGAAGUCAUUUGAUGGUGGUAGUAGGUCACUAGAACGUGCAAAAGUCCUUACAAAUGGAGCAGGUCAUUUAAUGAACAGAUCGUCAGAUAGUAUUAGAGACAGUGAGAUGAAUGACUAUUCUAAAGAAAGCACAGAUGAAAAAUCAAUAGUUGAUUCUGCUAACAAUGAUUUGAAUGAUUCUGUCUCUGGAUUGUUGUAUGAUUUACUGCAGAAGGAGGUAGUCAUGUUAAGAAAAGCAUGCCAUGAGAAAGAUCAAAGCCUGAAGGACAAGGAUGACGCGAUUGAGAUGCUAGCAAGGAAGGUGGAUACAUUAAAUAAAGCAAUGGAAGUGGAGGCCAAAAAAAUGAGAAGGGAGGUGGCCGCCAUGGAGAAAGAGGUUGCCGCCAUGCGUGUGGAGAAGGAGCAAGACAAUAGGGCUAAGCGGCUUAGUAGUUCCAAGGCUCCUGUAAAUACUUCCCAGCUGCUAUCUGGGAGAAAUGUCCCACGAAGUGGGUUGACGCGCAAUGUUCAAUGACAAAGCAACUCGAAGUAGAGCUCUCAUGCUCCUUUUGCUCUUCCAACCUACUUUGUUAUCCCCAAGCUUCCAUGACUUGUGGAUUAAAAUCGGCACGGACGACCCUUAUACUAUCAAGAAAGAGGGGAAAAAAGAAGAAGAAAGAGGACACAAAGAGGGCCGAUGUGCAUCUGACACGACUUUUCGCCGUAAUGCUGUAGUUGGGGUGAUGCUUUAAGUCAAGCUAACCUUCUUUGUUUUGUUUCUUAUUUUGUUUUUUCAAGUCAAGGCUCGUUAUCCGUUUUGUAAGACGAACCUUUUGUAUUGUUUGUAUAGGUUGGAGUAUUCUAUUUCUUCCUACUUGCUCUCUUUUAACAGAGUGUGGUGGAUUCCUUUUCUCUACCCAGGUGGUGAAUAUAUUCUUAUACCAUGUGGUUGGUUUGGUAUUGAUUUUAUCGUCACAAUGUUUGUGAGAAAAUUUCUUAUCCCAACUGUGGUUGUAUGCGUGUAACUUAGCAAACGAAUAUGAAACUUUCCGUUUA